AUGAAGAAAAGCUUCAAAAUCCCCAAACUCGUGCAGAAGGCGGCUGGAAAGGCGGCAAAGCAAACGGUGCUCAUUACCGCAGAUGAUCACCUCUUUGAAGGAACCGUGGAAGAGGAGUCUGGUGAUCGAUGGCUCGCGCUGGACCUCAGCAAAGCACUCCGGUUCUACCAGCGGGCGUACGACCACUACAAGAUGGCGUACAGUAUGGCACCGCGACUCGUGGAUGCGCACUAUAACGCGGCGCGUUUGACAUUUCACAUCUACAACCAGUAUACGAAGCCAGACCACGUGCGCUUCGAAGACUUGGAAAACGUUGGGGACGUUCUUGGAAGCCGAAGCUCGGUAGUGCAAAGCUUGGAGCAGAUCGUGAAGGCCCAUGAAGACAUACUUGUGGUGGCUGAGAGCGUGGGGAUCCCCUGGGAUUUGCGAUACAAUACGGCGUUGGCGUAUACCGAGAUCCUUGAGCAAUCUGUAGAGCGUGAUCUCUCGAUUGAGACGGUCGGAAAUCUCGCAGGGCGUACAAGCACGAUGUUCGCAGAGGUCUUGGACACCCAAGUCAGAGAGCUUGAGGAGUUUGUGGCCGAUAUCACGUCUGAGGAAGACUCAGCCCCCGAGGAUACCCCCAACGAGACGAAUGAUGGCCCCAAAGAGGUGUUUGUGGAUGUAAGAGAUACGGUGACCCCGGUUGUCCUCUUGGAAUCCAUCCUCAGUUCUUACCGUUUUAUACAGAGCGUGUAUGAGGCAGUCUCCACUGAACACAUUCCCCGGAUACACCAGCUAUUGGACUUAUUUCUCGCCCAGUUAGACUCGCUCGCAAGUAAGACCGUCGCCGCGUAUGGUAGCGACUUAUCUGAGAAACAACACUUGAAUUUGCCGUAUCUCUCGGCUCUGAUGGUCGAUGACUUGAAGAUUGCGCGUGCAUAUGCCACCAGCGCCUCCAAGACCAGUUUUGACGAGUUGCUAGCCGUCUGGAAGGGUGAUAUUCCUAAAGUCCCGGAGGCAUAUAUGUCGACAGCCGAUAGCAUCCAGACACUUCUUGAUAAGGAGUGCAUUACACCAAGCUACCAUAUGUUUCUCCCCUCCUUACAUGCUUCCCAACCGGAGCUCGUCUGGGGAUUGCUUGGGACGAUGAAUGUGUACUACAAAAAGGCCCAGGACGUGUUGAUGGUAACGAUGAAGCAGCACCAGGUGGCAAAUUCGCUUUUGUUGAGUCCGGUGAUUUCAACUAUUGCUGCCCUUUUGGUGGCCCGCAGCGACUGCGAGCUUCAGCGCGCAUUGUUGGAGUUUCCAGCGGCCACGACCCACAGAGAGGUUUUGUUGAAGAACGCGCGCACACUUUUGGUGAAUGCUGUGAAUAUGGCAAAUAUUAGCGGAGGAUUGCGGGAGGGUGCGUCUGAUAAACUCAUCCGUGCUAAGAGAAGGGUUGAAGCCGUGGUGCGGAUCUGUGUGAUGGAUGGAGAGGUACUUCCAGAGCAGCUUGACAAGCGGAUCAAGAGGACGGACUGGGCCACGGAGAUACCAAAUAUCCGUGAAUUAGGUUAUUAUGGGUUUUUUACUUUGCCAGUGGUUCCUCUGCAAUUUUAGACCGGUUGAAGUUAAAUUGAAUUGGGAUUCUGAAAAUUGUGAGUUAAAGCAAAUAUUUACAAGCAUGGAUAAGGUGCUAAAAGGGGGAUGCUGUGAUUGAUUUUACUUAUGGCCGGAUAAUGCCAUACUCAAUAUAUGAGGUCUGUAAGCAAAUGCGAGACAAUAACCAGCUUAACUGGUUCCUAUAAAAUUGAGAGAGAUUCAAACCUGGGAAUGCCAGAAAUUUAGAUAAUAUAUCC